AGAGAUGGAUUUUCACUGAUAAAACUCGAUAUUUGAUAGAAAAUAAACAUGAUCGAUCAUACUUAGCGGACGCGCGGAUGUAAACAAAGGAGGAUAUUGCUGGAUUUCUCACUAUUUUUCAUUGUUUUGGAUUAAAACGUGGGAUGCUUUUUGAAGAGUGGACCCUUACAUUGCAAUGUACGUUGAAUUGUCAGAAAUUAUCAGAACCAUAUGGCAAGACAUGUUUCUCUGCAGGUAUAUUUUGGUUCAUGUGAUUGACUGCAGGUAUUUCCGCUCAGAGCAUCUGCGCUGUGCCCGCGCAGUGUUACGACAGGAUCGCGCAGACGCGCACCCAUCUUCAAGAACUUUAGAAAAGUUCAUCAGUCUCCAUGAGCUUUUGGUUCAGACGGACAGCCUAAGGAUGACACUAACACGGAGAUUAACUUUACCUGCUCUUCUCAUGCUGAUCAACUUUCUUAUUUCAGCUUGUGUUACUGUGACAACCAGAAAGCCAAAAGUGGAGGUGCAUGAAAACACAAAUGCUGUACUCUUCUGUGAGUUCAGGACCGAGAGAGAAACCAACCCUCGUGUUGAAUGGAAGAAGAGGGGGAGAGAUGUAUCGUAUGUUUAUUUUGAUGGUGAAUUUACAGAUUCCUUUAAGGGCCGUGCAUCCAUUGAAGGGGCAACAGUGACCCUUCGUGGUGUUACACAGAACGACUCAGGAGUGUAUCAAUGUGAAGUCUCAGCCCGCCAUGACGAAAUCAAGUUGGGGGAGGUCAUUGUCACUCUUAGUGUGGUUGUGCCGCCACAUGCUCCAUCAUGUGAUGUCCCAGAGACGGUCAUGAGAGGUUCUUCUGCUGAACUGCGCUGUAAAGACAAGCUGAGUGUUCCUGACACUACCUACAGCUGGUAUAAAGACAACAAACCAUUGAGUACAGCUCAUCUCCCUGAAAUUAACUACAGCCUGGACCCCAAAACAGGGACUCUGAAAUUCAAGAGUGUGUCAAAAUCUGAUGAGGGACAGUAUCGAUGUGAAGCCUCCAGUGGGAUGGGGGCAUCUAAAAGCUGUGCAGGUCAACUUAUGAAGAUAACAGAAUUUGAGCUGAACCUGACAUUAGUUAUAGCUGUAGGACUAGGAGUCUUUUUCCUCCUCCUUUCAUGCAGUCUUGCCAUCUGUCUGUGCUGCAGACAUGAAUGCUGUUAUAGCUGUCAUCGCAAGAGUACAGGAGGAACAAAGCAAAAAUGGUUAUGUCUUUUCAGAGCUAAGCCCUACGACAACCAUCCAACAGAUCCCAAAUAUUACAGACACACGCAGUCUUUUGUGCUUUGAAGAGUGUGGAGACACGAACACGCACACUUGUGAUGACCGAGUUUACUACUGAAGUGCCUUGCUGACCCUCUAGUUUGAAACAAUAAAUGGAAACUGAAGUCUCUGAUAUAAUUUUAAAUGGUGUAGUUCUAGUAUAUCAAUACAUCUGAUGGUCUUACACUUUGAAUGCUAUAUUACAUCAAGUGUGCUUCUACAGUGCCCAAGGCAUAAGUAUCGAGGCAGAAAGACAAGGUUUGCUGUGGGGACAUGGAAUUUGUAAGAUGAAUAUGAGGCAAAAGUACAGAAUGUUACAUUUUAUGUUUAUAUGUGAACAAUAAAUGCAUCAGGACACAGUUAAUAACUUAACACUCGUGAGACAAGAGUUUUGAUAGAAGUAUUAAAAUACAAAAGUGUUGUUCCAUCGAGUUGGUAAAACAGGUGAAAAAUAAAAUGACAUUCUUUUGUCUCAUAUUCACCUUUUAAUGCUUAGAUAUUUCUUGACUUCACAACAAAAAGGGCUAAUUUUGCCUUUAUUGUCCCAAUACUUAUGGAGGGCACUAUGUGUGUUUCUGUUCUUUGGUCCAGUGUUCCAUUUUAUCUGAACAAUUCAUGAAAGACUCAAAGUUAGUUUCACCUAAUUCUAUUUUACUGUGAAAACUUCAUUUAUUUGAACCCUUGUAUGUCAUACCAAGAAAAUGCUAUUGAUAAAUGUUUUCAGAUGUUAACUUUUUUAAUCAAGCGAUUGAACAUGCAACUACAAAAUUGGUGAUCAAAUUGAUUUGUAAGGUAACAACACCGAACAGAUGUCUAAUAAGAUGUUUGGAUCGUAACUGAAUCAGUGUUUAGAAAUUAAAUGAAAACAUCAUGACUUGAUGUUCAUCCCAGGUGAAAAAGUAGUACACCUCCAUAGUGAACUUAAAGUGCUUUAUUUUCGCACACUAAUUUUGUACUUAAUAUACAAAAAAUUAAUCUUUACUUCUUAAGAUGUUCUUAAGAUUAUCUAAGUGUACUUCACUCUGCUAUUUUGAGACACUGUGAAUAUGACCUAAAAUGUACUUUUAACGUAAUAUCUCUGUAUUAAAAAAAUGUAUUUAGUUAACACUUGUAUUAAACUUGAACUCAACUUUCAUACAAAGAUGGGUUCAGGUU